AUAUCUACGUUUAUCUGCCUUCGGAGGCACCGUCUUUGUUUUGUUUCAUCCAUUGAUGAGACUUUCGAUCAUUUCUAACUCCCAAGCUCGACCUCCGCAUAUCGAUCCUAUCCGCUUCGUCCUGUUGAUGCGCCAUUCAUCGUGUCCGGGACGCAUGGUCUGAUGGCUAAUGGACUCCAUAUCGAUAAGGUGUAGCAUCAUUCACUGGCCUGGCCCCCAGAUGCAUGAUGUGAACCUCCACAAGUCUUCUGUUCACGAUAGAGCGUCAAACUCGGGUGACGUCCCGCAAAGAGUCUGGAGUGACUGCAUUGCAAUCAUGUCGACGCUACCCGGCCCUCAUCUGGAACCAAGGCUUACCUGGAACCAAGGCUCAUGAAACCAUGCGGACGCGCAUACUAAAAAGAAAAUAAAACGCAGUGCCAUAUACCUCUAGCAAGGGGAUUCCUACCCCCAGCGCCGAAGGAUGGGUGGGCUGGUACGCCAUGAACCCAAGCUCGGAGCAAGAAGCCAACAGAUAUCAAGCCGCUUUCGGGCGACUUUGACAGGCCGAAUACAUAGCCCUUGGCAUAAUAUCUUGUUUUUGAGCGUACUUGGGCUGCACCCAACCGCCGAGCAACCUGCAAACCAUUGUGUUCGGUUUCCUCACACCCGCAGCGGCGACCUCUGACUUUGGUCAGGACGAAAUGCGGCGUA